UGUCAACUACGUUGUUUUAAAACCUUCGGAAGAUCGGAAAUAGCGGAUUUAUACAUCUAUCUUAUGAUUUAUUUAAGUUACAAAGUAUAGCAGCCGCCGAAGCUCUUCCAACAGUUAUUUUUUUAUUCGUAUGAUGCGGAAUUGGCCCAUGAAACUCAUAACAACAUUUUCACGAUUAUAUUCCACGAGACAAGCAUCAAAGACAAUGACGGACGGACAAAGAAUAGCUGUAUGUCAGAUGACGUCCGUCGAGGAUAAGGCGAAAAAUCUAGAGGUUGUAGCAAGCCUGAUACAGGAUGCAGCAAAAGAAGAUGUUCAGAUGCUAUUCUUCCCCGAAGCGUGCGACUACUUAUGUGCCAACAAGAAAGACGCGGUGUGUCUCGCCGAGCCAAUCAUAGGUGGCGCCACUAUAGCCUGUUACAAACAACUGGCCGCACAGCAUAAUGUAUGGCUGUCCAUGGGUGGAGUACAUGAAAAGGAUCCUUCGGACCCCUCCAAAGCAUACAACACACAUGUCAUAAUAGAUAAUAAAGGGGAAAUAGUCCAAACGUACAGAAAACUCCAUUUAUUUGAUGUAGAGAUUCCAGAAAAGAAUUUGCGGUUGAAGGAAAGUGACAUAGCACACGCCGGCGGCCAUAUUGUCACGCCCGUAGAGACACCUGUUGGCAGAGUUGGUUUAUCAAUCUGCUAUGAUCUUCGGUUUCCCGAACUCAGCACUGCUCUCAGUAUAUUGAAGGCAGAGAUCUUAACGUACCCGUCAGCGUUCACGCAACCCACCGGCAAGGCGCAUUGGCAUAUAUUACUCAGAGCUCGCGCCAUAGAAAACCAAUGUUACGUCAUAGCUGCGGCCCAAUCUGGGACCCACAAUGAGAAACGCAGGUCCUACGGCCAUGCCCUCUGCGUGGACCCCUGGGGCACAGUCCUGGCCGACUGCGAGGAGGUCAGCCCCUGCUAUAAGAUCGUGGAGAUAUCGCAACAGAAACUCAAAGAAGUUAGAACUAAUAUGCCUGUUUUCAGACAUAGAAGACGCGAAGUCUACUCCCUCUACACUUUAAGUCUUCGUAAGGAGUUACUCCCCGCCCACAACUCCAAUCCGCCCGCCUCAGCGUCCGCCCCGCCGCCCUCCUCCAACGAGCCAGGAUACACGUUUGGACAUGUCAAAGUGCCAGAGACCUGUGUUUUCUAUAAGUCUGAUCUGACUUAUGCGUUUGUAAAUUUAAGGUGUGUGAUCCCUGGCCAUGUCCUGGUGGCUCCUAUCCGCAUGGCGGAGCGGAACAAGGACUUGACGGAGGAGGAGGCUCAAGACUUCUACAAAUCUAUACGAAUCGUACAAGCGUUAAUGGAAAAAGUCCACAGUGCAGACUCGUGUACAGUCACCAUGCAAGAUGGAAGAAACGCCGGACAAACUGUUAAGCACUUACAUUGCCAUAUAAUGCCGCGAAAGAAAGGAGAUUUUAUUGAAAAUGAUUUAAUAUAUUUGGAGUUAGCUAAGCACGAUCAGUUCAAACCCGGUCACCCAGCGAAGCCAGCCCGCACCCGUGAAGAUAUGGAGGCAGAAGCACAAUAUCUAAGAACGGAAUUAGAAAAAAUGAAUAAUGAAAAUGACAUACAUUGACGGGAAUCGAACAGCGGAAAAGUUUGGAGACACUGGAUCGGCUGCGGCAGUAUAGAAGCACUUCCACCUAUAAGUCUUAUGUUCCAUGGUCGUAAUUGUUUAACUAUGGUUUAUUUAUGCGUAUUUGUUGGAAUCGUAUGAAUAGUUUCGGACCCAACCGGAGUCCUUGAACGGGUGGCAGGCGAAUAAGUCUGCUCUCGACUCUGAAACUAGUCAGGCGAUUUCGUUAAUUACUUGUGAAUAAACCAUCGCGCUACUAGUUUCUGACCAAUCAGAAUUUUUAAUAAUGAGCUAACGCAAAAAUUAGUCACGCACAGAAACUAGUCGUGCGAUUUCGAUAAAUACGCUUGAAUAUCUGACGCCCGACUAGUUUCAGACCAAUCAGACUUCGUUAUUAAUGAUCUAACGCGGCUUACGAUCGAGUACAUUCGUGAUACCGAAACUAGUCGGGCGAUCGUUCUUUCCGACUCACGACAGUUAUUAUAAUAAAGAUCAUUAUCGAAUACACCUUUUUUCUGUCGGUUAAAAUCCCAGUCAAAAUCUGUCUAGAUAAGUGUAAAUAAAAUUAACUAAAGCUAAUUAAGUAUGAUGUAAUUAUAAUAUAAAUUUAUGUAAAAUAA